GAUCCUCCAAAAUAUAAAAAGCUUUCGUUUUCUAACUUAAAUACUAUAGAAUAUAAUCAUGUUAGUCACAUAAAUAUUUUGAUUAUAUUCAGAUAUAAUCUUACAAUAAAGUUUUUCUUGCUUUACAACCUGCAGAGCUUGGGUUGGGAACCCAAUUAGGAUCCCAUAAUCAUGAAGAAAAGAUGCUUAGGCCCCAGUGUCAAAGUCAAUGUUCCUGCAUCUGAUCAGGCUUCUUUUAUCAAGUUCCUGACUCAAAGUGGGUUGUUUAAAGAUGGUAACCUGCUUGUCGAUAGGGAUGGAGUUCGAAUUCUCUCUGAGAGUGAAGUGGAAGCUCAACCCCCAAUUAGGCCACUAGACAACCAGCUAAGUUUGGCAGACAUUGAUACAAUAAAAGUGAUUGGAAAGGGAAAUGGGGGGAUAGUGCAAUUGGUGCAACACAAAUGGACUAAUCAGUUUUUUGCAUUGAAGGAAAUUCAAGUGAAUAUUGAGGAGUCCAUACUCAAGCAUAUAGCACAAGAGCUAAAAAUAAAUCAAUCAGCACUGUGUCCUUAUGUUGUUAUCUGCUACCAGUCGUUCUAUCACAAUGGUGUCAUAUCAAUCAUCUUAGAGUACAUGGAUGGAGGAUCCUUAGAAGAUCUUUUGAACAAAGUUAAGACAAUUCCAGAGCCAUAUCUUUCUGCCAUCUGUAAGCAGGUGCUGAAGGGUUUAAUGUAUCUUCACCAUGAAAAACAUAUUAUCCAUAGGGACUUAAAACCUUCAAAUCUGCUUAUAAAUCAUAGAGGGGAGGUAAAGAUUACUGACUUUGGUGUUAGUGCAAUCAUGGAAACUACUUCUGGUCAAGCACAUACUUUCAUUGGCACAUACAACUACAUGUCUCCAGAGAGAAUCAAUGGAAUCCAGCAUGGCUACAACUACAAAAGUGAUAUAUGGAGCUUGGGACUGAUCCUGCUUAGGUGUGCUACGGGGCUGUUUCCUUAUACACCACCAGAUCAAAGUGAAGGGUGGGAAAGUAUUUUCCAGCUUAUUGAAGCCAUUGUUGAAAAACCUCCCCCCAGUGCUCCAUCUGAUCAAUUUUCUCCAGAAUUUUGCUCAUUUAUCUCAGCAUGUUUACAGAAAAAUCCAAGGGAUAGACUAUCAGCUCCGAACCUUUUGAGGCAUCCUUUUAUCAACAUGUACGAGGACUUGGAUGUGGAUCUUUCAGCUUACUUCUCCAAUGCAGGAUCUACACUUGCAACCAUAUAAAACAUAGCAUGUUCCAAUCCCGGACUUUAUUCAAAAUCAAAGGUAAAAGGUUAUUCUAAUUUGAGCUAUGUACCACUUCACUAGGUAUUCUUGAAUGCAGAUAAUACACAAACAAAAUGUGUUGAUCUUUCACGAACAGCACAGGAUUGUUGCUUUUAUAUUGAGGGAGUGGUUUGUUAAGUGUAAACUCUUAACAAUACAGAUGCUCAUGUCAGUUUUGAUGCUCAGAAAUUAUAUGACUGAAUUCUAAGUUUCUAUUGAAACGAUCCUUUGUGCUGAAAGAUUGUAUUAGGCUGUGUUUUGUCCAAGAGUAGUGGGUUUAUAUUGGAUCUCAUGUUUUCUCCUAAAUAUCUAAUGAUGAGAUAUCUUUGAGAUUACUUAUCACUCUACACAAUAGAGACGGCGUUUGCUAAAAAAGUGGUGUGUGUACAGUGACAGCAUAAUAAUAAGGGAGAUAGAUUCGUCCAUAUUUGUAGGCUUUACCUCU